AGUCCUAAAAACGGGCGCUACCAAAUUGACUCAGACGUGCUCCUGUGUCCAUGGAAGCUAACCUAUCGAAAUAUUGGUUCCGACUUCAUUCCACGAGGGGCUUUUGGGAAAGUGUACUUGGCCCAAGAUGCAGAAACCAAAAAGCGAAUGGCUUGCAAACUGGUACCAGUGGAACAGUUUAAGCCAUCAGAUGUUGAGAUCCAGGCCUGCUUCCGCCACGAGAACAUUGCAGAGCUUUAUGGAGCCAUCUUGUGGGAUGAGACGAUCCACCUUUUCAUGGAGGCAGGAGAAGACGGCUCUGUCCUGGAGAAGGUGGAAAGCUGUGGACCGAUGAGAGAGUUUGAGAUCAUUUGGGUGACAAAGCACAUCCUCAAGGGGCUUGAGUUUCUUCACUCAAAGGGAGUUAUACAUCAAGACAUAAAACCAAGCAACAUUGUUUUCAUGUCAACCAAAGCAGUUCUGGUGGAUUUCGGUCUCAGCGUUCAAAUGACAGAAGACAUUUACUAUCCUAAAGACCUCCGAGGAACAGAGAUUUACAUGAGCCCAGAAGUGAUUCUCUGCCGGGGCCACACGACCAAAGCUGACAUCUACAGCCUGGGAGCAACCAUUAUUCACAUGCAGACUGGCAGCCCGCCGUGGGUGAAUCGAUAUCCUCGUGCUGCGUACCCGUCCUACCUUUAUAUAAUACAUAAGCAAGCACCACCGCUGGAGGACAUCGCAGAAGGCUGCAGUGUUGGCCUAAGAAGGUUUCUGGAGGCCGCUCUGGAAAGGAACCCAAACCAGAGGCCUUCUGCUACGGAGCUUCUGAAGCACGAGGCUUUGCACCCGCCAAGGGAGGAGCAGCCACGGUGCCAGAGUCUGGACUCGGCCUUGUUUGAAAGGAAAAGACUGCUGACCAGGAAGGAGCUGGAAUUGCCAGAGAACAUUGCUGAUUCUUCAUCCCUUGGGAUUUCUGAGGAAUCGGAACUGCUGAAGAGACAACGAUCACUGUACAUAGACUUUGGGGCACUAGCUGGCUACUUCAACAUUGUCCAGGGAUCAACGACCAUAGAUUAUGAAUAGAUCUAGGGAUCUCUUACCCUGAACUGAAUUCCUCCUGUAGACAGAAGAAGAAGAAAGUGGUUAUUUUUUUAUCAUUUGAAGGAUUUUAUAAAACUAAAUGAAGAUACAGUUACAAGAAGAUGCAACCACCCCUCGAAGGUUGUUAUUUAGAGUAAAAUAUUGCUCUUUAGAGACUUGGCAUGGACAUAUCAUGGGAGUAAUGAUCAGUAUGUGAAAGUAUAAAAAUACAUGCAUGCACUUUUUCUAAAAAAAGUAAAAGACUUGAAUGGGGGUCAGAAUAGCCUAACUAAGCUAAGCUUGUCCUCUCCUCCCCGUGGAUGUUGCUUUAGGCCAUACUGAAUGCCAGUAAUAAUUAAUGAAGUGUCUCUGGGAUUGGCUCAUGGGGCUGUUUCUAAACACCAUCUGCUUCUGGUCGCUAUGUGGCUUUUGAUGAAACAGAGAUCAUGGGGAUACCCUGGCUGUGAUUCCUCUAUGUUGCAAGCUCUUGAGUUAUAGCACUGAAUGAGUUUCCCCAAGAAGGCCCGGAGCAUUGUUAGUUGUUGGGGGUAUAGACUCAUCCGUAUUCCAUCUUGACUUGCCAGUUUUUGGAUGUGUCUCACUUGGGCCCAGAAGCAGCUCAGUGACCCACAAAACAGCAUCACCUGAGCAUCUGUGUUCUUCUCCACCCAACCACCCACUUGUUUUGCUGAUUGAUUUGGAUACCAAGGAAGGCAACUCCCUGUCUUUUUUGAGAACCUUUAUGUCCCCUCCCUUGGGCUCCUCAGUGCUCUUCUCAAGUUAUGUUGGUGCUUAUACUUUGAUCUUCCAGCUUUUGGGCUGAGUGAGAAAACACACCCUAGCAGCUUGAGUAGAUCACCGGGACAAAAUAAUAAUCAAUUAUUAGCCCAUGUAGGAAUACUCAAGAUUUUUUUUUCUUGAGUUGAGGACAGUAGUUACGACAGUGUAUUUGAGAACCUUAGUAUAUAGGCUAGGACAGGAGUCCCUAAUCUUGCUGAGCCGGUGUGCACUUUGGAAUUUUGGGGGAAAGGUAUUGGGUGCCACCACAAAAUGGAUUUCAUGAGGGGCAAUAACAACUGGUUGGGAGUUUUCAAGACAAGCGUUGUCCUAAAUAAGGAUAGCUGUUUCUGACUGGGUACUCCUAAGGUGAAGCCUGAUGGUAUCUUCUGAGUUACCUCAUGCUCCAGUGAUGUGGAGAAAAGCCAGUAUUGGCUCUUUGGUUUGGGAAGGAACAAGUAGGCCCCAGGAAACAAAUGAUCAGGCACCAUGUUCGGUAUCGCUGGACUAGGAAAUCCUAUGGAGCCUGUGUGCCUCAUUAAGUUUCCUUCACUGACUGGGUGAGUCCGCUGAUUUUACAGCAGAUUCAUAGGAUGGGAAACAAGCACAAAAAGUUCAUUGUAACUAGAGGUAUUAUGCUUAAAGCUUGUACACUUUAGGCUGCUACCACUUUAAUUGGCAUACAUGUAUUUUGACUGGGCUGGCCCGCCUUGGAUGCAAUUUUCCAGAAAGUUUGCUUAUACAGGCCUCACCAAAAUGAAUGGGAGCUGUACAAGAGCAUAAAAUAAGCGCAAGUGGUUUAAAGAUCACAAAAAAGUAACUCUGUCAGUAUGAGCCUAAUGUUUGUAUUAGAAUAUUGUGCAAUGUUGGGGAAUUUAUGCCAAUUCUGAUGGUGGCUUAAGCUUAUAAC